AUGGCUUUCACCUCAGCAGACAUUGUUUCUUUGUUCAAGUCUUCUGCACCGAAUGUGUCCCUCGUUGAACUUCUCCAGCAGCCAGCUAGUGCCUUGCUUGGUGUUGACAAUGCUGCUACAUCCUCCCUUAAAAUCAUAAAAGUUAAUACUGUUUUUGACUUGGCAACGUCUAUUGUCUUUGACAGUGCUGUAAAAAUCUUUACUGCCGCAACAGACCCAAACAGCAUCUUUUCUCGACAUGGCAAGCCGCCAGCUGAUCUGAUACGCACGUCUCGGACCACAGGAAAGUCCCUGCAGGAACUUUCCUCAGAGCCAAUUUCCAUUCUCUCUGCAGUUCCAGAAUCAAGUGCUGAUACUAUAUCUGAGGCACUUGAUGUUAGGACUGUCCGGGAUCUGGCUCUCUAUCCACCUUAUUUAGCCGCCCUCAGAAUUCUGAAGUAUUUGUACUUUCCAGAGACAGAUGAGGGAUUCGACCCCGAAAGACCAGCAGACCUCAUUCCUAAGUCUGGCGAAUACCCGAUUGAGAAGGUUCAGUAUUCCACCCUGCACAUCGGCGAGAUCAAGAAAAACCCUAGCGACAAAUUCAUAGACGUGUCAGGGCCUGAGUUUAAACCGCCGGGCUUGGACGAUGUCAUCGACAAUGAGCGCACCGGAUUCAAGGUAGUAGCCACAGGUGCCCUUCUGACGUUUAGUCAGUCAUGGUUUGUCCAAGGAACCACAUUGGGGCACCUGCUGCACUCGGUGACCCUUGCUCCGGGUGAAAGCACGCGAGUGGCCCUCAUUGACUGGAGUCGCAGGGAACGGGGGACAAAUACCGAGGCUAUAUCAGAGAAAGACGAUCUUGUCAACGACGUUAAUCAUGCUCGCGCUGUGGCCGAAGUAACGAGGGGAGUAGCUGAAGAAGCUCAGGGCGGGUUCUCCAAAACUAAUUCAGACGCCGCCACAAUCUCUCUUGGCCUUUCUGGGUCGGAAGAUAGGAAUGGAGGGCUUAUGGGCGCUAUAUAUGGUGGGAUAAGCUCCACAACAGCUGGUUCCCUGGGCAUUUCGGGAUCAGCAGCAUACUCGGAGUCGUAUUCUACAACAUGGGGAAACAGAAACGUCUCUGCACAGACCCUGCAGAAUAUUAAUGAACGAACCCAGCAGCACGCCCACUCCAGCCGGAAUAGACGUGCCUCUGUUGUCAGGGAAGUUUCACAGUCUGAGCACGAGAAUGUCAGCACACGGGUAAUCGCCAACUACAACCAUGCGCAUGCACUAUCAAUAAAUUAUUAUGAAAUAGUCCAAGUAUUUCGCGUCGAGGUCCGGCUGGUGAAGGCUGAACAAGUCAUAUUUGUUCCACUGGCAAUGCCUGACUUCACCAACGUCAAUCUGAUCCGGCGCUUUCAGAUCCCACUCGCCAGAGCCGCUCUUACGCCGCAAAUUCAGCAAAGUCUAAUCAACAUGGACAGAAUUGAACUUGAGCCUGAGAAAAAGACCUCAUUUACUGUCUUUGCACGGCCUCUCGGUGCUAUACUUGAGGAAGCGCUGCGAACGAGGUCGAGCUUGGCAGCGGGGACUCCCAUUCUGGAGAAGAUGAAGUCAAGCCCCUCGACACAUGCGACAGGCCGAGAAGACACCCCCCGUACAGAUGCAUCGGAGACAGUUCCAGGGCCACCAGCUGGUCAACCCACCGGAAGGAACACAACCCCGCUGCGGCCUGUCAUUAGUGCCGCAGAACUUGCCUACCCAGCACGUAUCUUGAAUAUCCCUGCAAGACUACACACAGCUUUACCUGUGAUUUCUGAAACCAACCGCGUCCUUUGGGAUCAGGAUUUGGUCUCUCGCCUUUCAAGUCUUUUCAACCUCAAUGUCAUUCGGCCAACCAGCACUGCAAUCUCCUUGCCGGCUGACACAAUCAUUGAAGGAGCAAUUGUUGAAGGAGCUGAUGGAAGCGCACCCGUCAUACCUGCCUUCACCACACAGACCGGACGCGUCAUCACUAGCUUCGGGCCAGGACAGGAUAUCGAGUCCAUUAGCUUCCGCGACGUUGCAGAAAUCAGUGUCCAGGGAAGUCAUCCCGACCGAGACUACAAUAGCAUCGAUGUCACACUGAGCGUCAAUCGUGGUGGCAUUACGGUCCCAGUAAAACUACCGUCUGUAGUCGUACCGCGGGGUGCCGCCCGGACGACAAUUGUCAAUGUUCGUGCUUCAGGUGUUGGGACAGAAGUAGCAAAGCAUCUCAUGGCAAAUCGCAUGUACUACGGACAAGUAUUAUUCCGCUCAUUGGACGCGACAGACUUGGCAUUUUUGCUUUCGGGGUAUUCGUAUAACCUAAAUGGAAAGCAGGUGCCCAUCACUGAAAUUAUCAACCCGCGGCCGGUCCGAUAUGUCGGUAAUUAUGUCGCCUUUACGACGAAUAUCCAGCCGGGAAAGAAGAAUACAGAAAAGGGCCAAUUUGAUAAUGUACCGGAGCAACCUCAUCCCCCUAAUGAGUCGCCCAAUAUUGAAUCUGUUGAUGGCUUGCACAGCGACGACUCAGAGCACAAUGAAUCCACAGAGCCCUCGGAGACCGCAGAUAAUAAGCCCAAUCACUCUGAAGAGGUUGAAGCUGAACGCAAAGCCGAUAUUCCCGGCCUUUCAACAGUAGGACCGGACCCUGAUCCCCAGUGGACGGAAUUUUUGGAGACUCACAAUAUCCAAGUUGGACAGUCAACGAACGAUAUAGUCCCACUCGGCACAGGAGGGGUGUUUGCGGAGGCUGUCUUGGGUCGGUCAAACUGUGCUGAGAAGCUCGACAUCACGAGAUUCUGGGAUUGGAAGGAUUCCCAAAUCCCUCUAACGGCAACGGAGAUCGCAGCCGUUCAGACUAACUCUCGCGCAUCUCAACCCGACCUCAAACCUGGCGAGUUGUCUACUUCUCUAAUCAGUCAACAAGCACCAUCAGCUCUCCCAGAUCCAACAGGCACUGCAGCCCUCCUAACAGCAUUGCAAAAUGGAGCUAUGUUCCGUGACCAGAGCGGUCUGGCUGCCACGAUUGGUCUGACUCAGGCAGCGCUGCAGGCAACCCAAUCAGGAGCAGCGAGUGCAGGCCAAGCAGCAAGUCAGAAUCUGCAAUCUCAGCUCCAAGCGACCACAGAGCGACAGAAGACGGCUGCAAAUAUGAUUACAGAUCUUGCUAGAACUGCUGCUUCUGCCUACACUGGUAUACCGCUCGCUGCAUCCGCCUCGUCCAAUGGCGGACCAUCAGCAAAUUCUAGUAAAGGUGCUUUGAUCAAUUAUUUCGAUAAGACAAAAGAAGGCUCUCCAGGUGCUACGGAGAAUAAGCCCGCCGCGGGACCACAGCCUGGCCCCGCCCCUGCCCCUGCUCCUGCUCCUGGUGGCCCUAGUCCCUCUGGCGCUGGUCCCGGCGCGGCUGGACACUCCCCUCCUAGUAAUAGAAGUGGCCCUGGCCCAAGUGCAGCAGGCUUUUCACAAAAUCCAGCAGCGCGAAGCGCCAUUGGCAGGGACACCACACUUUCGGAUGUCAUCUCUAAGGCAACAGACAUGGCAGACAGAAUAGCUGGGACAAGUACCAACUUGCAAGAAGAAGAUAGUAGUGGACUGCUCACAACCCGACGCGCAUGGCCAAGACUGGAUCCAGACGAGGUAUUACCGCGAAUCAGCAAGCUCAGCGAAAAGCCUGGUGAAUUCAACCAGGGCACAGUACCCCUAUGCACACCUGGGAUGUUCUUCUACCACCUCUUCAAGCUCAAGCCGACCGAGACAGCGCAAUUUGCCAAAGACUUAUACGGACUUGGACAAGCGACGUUGGGAGGACUUCGGGUGCGGCCAAGCGAUGACUUACGCAGAACAAACUAUGUGGAUAUAGUUUCGAGGAACAUAGCGCUCGAGCUGGUUCCGCCGGAGACAGACUGGAUGAUGAUGUGUAGUCUUCGCGACAGCCGGGAUUGGUUUAUCGACUAUGAAGGUGCAUCGGACGAGUCUGGAACCGUGGCUCUGGACACGGCAGCAUCUGAGUUGGAGACCUGGUAUAAUGCAACGGGGUUCUUCACGAAUGUUACUUGGAAUCCGUACUAUGAGGCGGGCCCGCCUAUUGACACUCUGCGAAAUUUGGAUGUAUCGUCUACCAAGAGUGUUGCUCUGUUGGUUGAUUCAAGAGUACUGGGAAGCGGCGACGUGAAGGGCACGACGCAUAUCAUUGGCCUUACCAGUAAGCCUCAAAUCAAUGCGACAGACAAUUCGAUCAAGUUCGAGUACUGGACCUGGGGAAAGCCGGCAAGAGUGAUGGACGUCGCAUUCGUACCUCGUGAUGUUCGCGCAGCAAGCACAACCUAUAUUCGAAUCAGCGCCUUCUCGGCCUUCAGCUCUGCCGUUGAAGUCGCCGUAUCAAAUGCCACGCGAGCCCUGGAUAAACCGGACGUCCCGCUUCUUAUCAGUUCGAUCAAAGUCGCAAUAAAUAUUGUCCUUGAUCUCCUUCUUAUAUCUACGUUUCAUGUCGGCAACCGGAAACCGGAUAUCGACAUCCAGGCCGAAAUCCGCCUAACUUGCGACACGGCUGCGGCGAUUCCCGGUCUCUUAUAUUUCUUGUUUACCUCUGCUCUGCGGAAUGCACUCUAUUUCUGGCUAGUGAGCGGUGUCGUUUCCAUGUCAGCGGACUAUGCGACGGCGUGGGGCGUGUUUAGCACGAUUCGAUGGGGUUUAAUUAUGGUACCCGUCCAGGCAGCCGAGGCUACGACGCUCACGUUUGUGGGACAUGCCUGGGGGCCUGCUCAAGCAGAGACCCUACCUCCCAAGAUGGUCGUGGACUAUUCUGGGGCGCUCACGUCUGCAGUGGUUGUACGGCCAGUCCUUCUCUCCGCCGCUAUAAUUCUCGCGAUCGAGAUCCCCUUGCUAAUCUUCAUGUCUCUAUACGGAUGUGAGUCUUUCGCGUUGUGGCUUAGCAACCCUGCACAUGUCUCGAACAUUGUCGGUCACAUGUGGCGCACUAUAGAUUGGUGCUAUAUUCUUUACGGCUUAUCAAUCCAAUUUGUUGCAAUACUUCUUGCAACUCGCACAUCAUGGUAUCUCGCGCAGUCCUUGAUCUCCAACAUGCUCUAUGUGCUUCCGUGGGCUAUCGUGUGUCAGGUCGUUCAUCUCAACCCGGAAAAUGCGUGGACAUAUCACAACCUGGUAUUUGGGGGUAACCCAGUGUUCUCCUUUGUCGAGAUCUUGGUCGUCCUUUCAUUUUGGGCGUGGGGGCUACUUAAGGGGAAGUUAAGGCUCGAUGCAGUUUGA